AUGAUGGUCGAAGAGCAGCCUUCUGACCCAUCACCGGUGGAAGCACCGGUAAAAGAAGAGAAAAUGGAUGGCGACGAAGAUGUCGUAAGGGAUUUACCAGCACCCGUUAGCAACGGUGGGGAGAAACGACCCCGGUUAAGCAUGGACGAGAACCUCACAAAGCGAUCACGACGAAUGUUCGGGAUACUGAACGGGACACUGCAGAAAGCGGCUAAAUCUACGACUCGGAAGACUGAAGCUGAGAAACGAAGGGAGGAGAUCGAGCAGAAGCUGCAAGAGAAGCUAAAGAAAGAGAAGGAAGAGUUGGCGGUGCAGGUGGAGCAGGAUUUCAAAGAGCGCAGCGCAAUGAUGAAAGCGAAACGGGAGCAAGAGGAUCAGGAGAGGAUAGAGAAAACGAAAGAGCACAUAAAAGCACAAAUCCGCAACACAUCCCACUUCCUCAAAACCCACAACGGCCGCCGCUCCCAAAUCUACUACCUCCCCAAAGAACACAACGACAAGACCACACAACUCCUCCUCGAAGCAAAGCGCAAAGCCGCACUGAACACUACGAACGAGAGCAGCGCGCCAGCGACAGCGGAGCAUACGGGGAUGGACGUGGACGAUGCCGAUAACGCGCGACGGGAUCGGUCCGGGACGCAGAGUCAGGAUGGGGCGGCGGAGCGGAUGGAUGUUGUUGGGCGGGAAGGUGGCGAUACUCGUGGCGAGGAGGAGGAAGGAGAGUUGGGUAGGGAUUGAUAGAAAUUAGGUAUGGUGGUGGUUUACCGCUUGUCGUGUGGGAUGAGCAUCUUUCACCAUCACGGGAGUCAGAGAGGGAAGGCCCUGUCCAUGCAAAGGUCGCAUGAUGUCCCUCAAUUGAGAGUAUUGACGGACGCGUCGGCGGGCUCUGUCGGGUGGAUAUACCCAUGAACGCGAGCGGCGUAAGACUGCAUUUUGCAGCGGGUUGAGUGCAACGAGCAC